AUGCCUAUAAGCGGAUGCACGAACGGUGUGGUGGCCACGGUUCUGGUGGCCUUAUUAUUUUUACCAGUCCAGUAUUACAUCCCGGAUUUCUACGCAAGUGAACCAGAACCCGUGCUCGUAGCUCCGUCACCAUAUAAGUUUUCUUGGCAUCAGCUUGAAGAUUACCCGCUAUUUGACACCGUUGUUGCUGUCACACUUGUGUUGCUGGCCUUUUUAAUAUAUAUUUGUGAUUGGAUUCAAAGGAAACUUUUAGAAAGAAGAAUUAUUAAGUUGAACCAACAUCUAGGAGAGAGCAUGGACAGGCUGCGUGCCUGGGAUGCACGCCAGGAGCAAUUGGAGACGACACUGCACACUGUCCAGAAUGCAACCGCUGAAUAUAGUUUGCUCAUGUACCUCAUGCUUCGCAAGCAUCGCUGCCUGGGGCCCCACAAAGGUUCGCCUGCGAACUGCCUCUUUGAUAAAGAGUUGGACAAUAUACAUUUCCUAAGAAGUAACAUGCUCGAAGUGUAG